GUUUUUAAAAUAAUUUGAUAAGAAAAUGUCCAGUUAUACCGUGCCAGACCUCGAGAUUUGUGGCCUUCUCGGCUCAGGCUCCUUUGGAUAUGUGUUUGAAGCUAUUGAUAAGAACAGAGGCCAGAAAGUAGCCCUCAAGAGAACCACUAAAGCGGGAGACUAUGUCAGCAGAGAAUAUGAGAUUCUUGAGAUCCUGAAAGGAUGUCCAAACUGUAUUCAAGUUCUUGACAUUUUUUAUACUAAAAAUGAGGAGGAUGAUAAACUAGCCCAGAACCUUGUUUUCGAAUUCUGUAGUGAUAACCUGGAGUCCAUGAUUACCGAGACUAAAGCACAGAAGGAUACCUUCAAUAUUGAUAAAGUGCGCCAUUACUCUUUCCAAAUUCUUAAUGGACUUAAGCAUAUGCAUGAACGUAAAGUUGUUCACCGGGAUCUUAAGCCUGAGAAUGUUCUCGUAACUGAGGAGGAUGAAGUAAAGAUUUGUGACUUCGGGUCAUCCAAGGUACUCGAUCCUAAUGGCAAGAAUACCCCUUACAUUGUAAGUAGAUACUACAGAGCCCCGGAAUUAAUCCUCGGAGUGUCAAAUUAUACUGAGAAAAUAGACAUCUGGGCCACUGGAUGUAUUAUUGCAGAACUUUUGAUGCUCAAGCCGAUUUUCCCGGGUAAGACCGAGGGAAGUCAAUUUUUGGAGCAGAUGGCGAUCCUAGGAACUCCUAGUCAGGAAGAGUUCAACCAAAUGGCGCCAAAUAUCCCUCCUACAACUCAAAAGUUGCUAGAUCAAAUUGAAACUUUUGAAAGAAAAGAUCUCAAUGACUUAAUCCCAACAUCUUAUUUGAGGCGGGAUAAGAGAAUGGUUAUAGAUUUGAUUGAGAAAAUGCUAGCAUGGGACCCAGAAGAGAGAAUCACAGCUGGAGAGGCUCUUGAGCAUGAGUUCUUCACAGCUGAAGACUUAUAAAUUUGUUGAGUAAUAAUCUUUCAUC